CAUAUUUUAUUACAAUGUAUUAAUAGAGCACUGGCAUAAGUGAUAAAUAAAAAAUAUAAGAAGCCGAAAUAAAAUCGUUGGUAAGACUGUCUAGCGAAUCAUAUAUUUUCCGCCAUUUAUAUUAUUUUUUCUGUUGAUCAGUAGUCAUUACAGAAUCAGAUCCAAAACAUUGUUGAGGUUAGAAAUAUCAUCAAAGCUCGAGCUUAGAAAGAUAUUCCUCGCUCUCUUAUUGACACAUAUGAAGCAAUACUUUAAAUAAGCAACAUAACUUGUGGGAGUCACAAGUUUUACAUAUUUGUAUAUAAAAGAAAAUUAUGUCGGAGACGAGAGUUCGACACAGCUGGGACAGUCGGCGUGCACCCGAUCAGCAUCAUCACCACAACGAACGUAAGCGUAAAAGUGAGGACGACUAUCACGGCAAGGGAAGGAGGGACGAAGGUCGUUCGCGUCAACACCGGGAAUCGUCCGAGAAUAAACGGCACCGCGGAUACGAGGACGACGAUAAGCAUCACGGACACGAAGAGAAUAGAUAUCGCGACAGCGACGAUAAGCAGUACAGGAGUUACGACGACAAGCAACAAUAUAACAGGAGUCGCGAUUACGAUGACAAGCCCACGAGAAACGAUAGAGUGAAGAAAUCGCGCUUUGAGCAAGCAUUUGUAAAAAAGGAAUCAUCGCCAGAAUGGGGAAAAGCGACGAUCAAGCAGGAAUCAAAGUCUAAACCGCAAGAAAAAGAAAAGCCAAAUUUUCAGACUUCCGGAAAAUUAACCGAAGAUACAAAUACCGUUAAUGGAGUUGUGAUAAAAUAUACAGAGCCAUUGGACGCACGAAAGCCAAAACGUCGGUGGCGUCUUUAUCCGUUUAAAGGGGAAAAAGCCUUACCGGUGCUAUACAUUCACAGACAAUCGGCAUAUUUAAUGGGUAGAGAUAGAAAAAUUGCGGAUAUUCCACUAGAUCAUCCUUCUUGUUCUAAGCAACACGCAGCUUUACAAUAUCGUUUAGUUUCUUAUAAAAGAGAAAAUGGAACGGAAGGGAAAAAAAUAAGACCAUAUUUAAUUGAUUUAGAAUCGGCUAAUGGUACCUUUGUUAAUGAUGUCAAAUUAGAGCCAAAGAGAUUUCACGAACUGUUGGAAAGAGACGUGAUAAAGUUUGGAUUUAGUACGAGAGAGUAUGUUGUAUUACACGAACAAAGUAAAGAUGAAAAUCAAGACGACGAUGUUAAUGAAACUUAAAUGUGGCAUAUUUUUGAGCAAAAUACUUUAUAAGAAGCGAAAAUUCAACAUCCAGGGAUCGCCUGCAAUACUGUAUCACAUGUUAUUAUACUAAAUAGAUAAAAAUUUUUCUAAAUAUGCAUAGAUUAUUAUGAUUAGAGUAAUAU